AAAAAAUUUGAAUGUAAUUUUCUUGGAAUUAGUGUUUAUGGAACUUCAUCGUUCUCCCUCUGCGUCUUCAUGUGUCGCAACUAAUGGAAGAUCAUUGAAGCCCUGGGGGAAUGGUUUUACAUUAGAGAAUUACGCACUUGCCAACAGCAAACAAGCAGAGGCUGAGAAUACCCAGUGAAUUGCUGGGAAACUGAAAGAACAGAUGCUUCGACAUUCCAAUCCAAGGCGAAGGAGGGAGAACAUGAGGCAGAAGCUGACGGAAAAUCCGAAGACCGGUGACAUACGGCGAUACUACGCCGCACUGCUAAGCUGCUACUGCUGCGAUUUGCGGUCCUCCAAACAGUUAACAAUAAGUUACGCCACCGGAUGUUAGGGGAAGGUUAGAGUUAGGAUCUUACUUUGGGUUCUUAUGUGUGUAGCGAUUUAUUAUGUAUUUAAAAAUAAAAAAAAACCCUUCGUAACCUUGUGAAGAUUCACCAUAGCGUUGCAAAAGGGGAGCAAUUUGCAUAAAACACGCGCACAUUCGUUACGAUGGUCAAGCGCCAACAUUCUCUAAAAGGCUAUUGGUCCAUUUAUGUGAAAGGGCGGGAUUUCGACAGUGACUCUCACCAUGAACCAAAGAGAACCAAUAGCACUGAAGGAGUGUUAGGCUGUCACACGGAAACGUGUACGAGGUGCAAGGAAGGGCUUUAUGCAGUACAGGUCGUUUCAGCUUAAUUUGUAAGAGUAGUUUAGGCAGUAUAAUAAAAUGCCAAUAAAUCGGACAACGAAGAGUGGCGUUUUGGAUAAUAGGUCAUAUUGCACUAGAUGAUGUAAUUGGACUCUACAGGAUACUUAACUAUCUAACCGAGGCUUCGCUUUGUUUUCUGUUUUGUGCAGUUUUCCCCAUCGUGUCUGCAUAUCGCCAGGAGAAGCUCAUUUCAGAACGCUGGAAAUAAUGUCUGUCCGACUCUUGUGGAGCAAACAACGUCUCCUUAAAGUUUUUAUUCGAAGGCGACAGCUACUUCCAGAGUGGUGCUGUGAGAACUUUUUCCACAGACCAAGCAAUGAUGUUGGGACAGCGCGGCAUAGCAUUGGAGUAUUAGGAAAUGGUGGGCAUCUCUACCUCCCAAUCGGCGGGAGCUCAUGCGACAGGCAACGUGGCAGCGCAGAUGGCAGCUGGCAGCCGGGGGGGCGGGUCUGCUCUUGCUUCUGGCCAUUUUCUUUCUCACUCACCUGGACGAGGCACCCAUCGUAGGACGUGCACGCCUGCUGGUUUGCAGCCGGGAGGAGUUCCUGGACCUAGCCAGGCAGAUGUCAGAAGUGUACAUGGAGAUGUUCAAAGAUUCCUUAAUUUCCCCGGAUGACCCAAGACACAAAGUGGUGGAGACUGUGGUUAAAUUAUUGGUGCAGAAGAACCAGGAUGUUGCAGAAAUUGCCACCAUGCCUUGGAAUGUCCAUAUUGUGGAAAAUUCCACCAUCAAUGCCUUUGUGCUGCCGAAUGGGGCUGUGUUCCUCUUUACUGGCAUGUUGGAGGCUGUAGCCGACAUACAUCAGCUUACCUUCGUCCUGGCUCAUGAAAUGGCCCACGCUCUGAUUGGUCACGCUGCGGAGAAGACCAGCAUGUCUCAUGUAGUGGACUUCCUGUCCUUCAUCUUCCUCACAGCCAUUUGGCUUGUGUGUCCACGGGAUAGCCUCGCUGUACUGGGCCAGUGGAUACAGAGCCAACUGAUGCAGUUUAUGUUUGAUCGCCCAUACAGCAGGAAACUGGAAUUGGAAGCUGACCAAGUGGGACUGCAAUUGGCUGCUAAGAUUUGUGCUGAUGUACGGGCUGCACCUGUGUUCUGGAAGCAGAUGGAGCUUUUGGAUCAGCUGACGGGGAAAGACAUCCCAGAAUGGCUGUCUACUCACCCAUCCCACAAGAACCGAGCCAACCAGCUGGACCGCCUGGUGCCACAGGCCCUGAAGUUGAGGGCGAGCUGUAACUGCCCUGCCCUCCCAGCUCAAGAUCCCCUUGUCGUGUUCUCCACAAGUGUACACAAACUGCUGGAAGCUCAACAGGAGAAACAAACGCAGCUUUUGCCCCUGAACCAGGAUUCAAAUCCUCAGCUACACUUUGAUCUUAGCCAAAAGGCCAAGAAGCGAUCAGUUCAGCGGAGUGGUGUCCCAUAGUCUGGUGUGCAGCAAGUAGAUGAUCUCGACCUCCUCCUCAGAACUGCCUGGACCUGGGCUGCCAACCAAGGGUUACCAUCCCUAUAGUCUGAGCUCUAGUCCCGAGCCUGCUCCUGUUAACUCUCAAGUUGCUCAUUGAAAGUUCAAAAUCCUUUGCUGUUUUUUCUGUCUAUAGAAAACAACUGUGGUUCUUCUGAAGACUCUAAGGCAUUGAUCUGGGUCCUUUUCCUAACAGGCUGGUGUUUCACAGGGUUUCAAUGUACCUCAGCACACAUGGUCUUGAUUGAAGUGUUUCUGUAAGUUAACCCCUGAAGUAGUUUGCAGUAUAAAGGUGACGCUUAACUAUGAGGUUUGGAGGCCCCUUCUCUCACUGCUUUCACGUCUGUAGGGGUGGUAAUGUUUAGAGUCAUUGCCUUCCAAUCAAAGGAUCCAGCUUCCAGAACUCUUGAAGUAUUUACUCUGAAAUGAUACAGUAAGAAUUACCUGCUCUACAAAUGGAUUAAAAAUUGUAAGCAGGUCAGCAUUCAAGCCUUGGGGCAAGGUGUCAGCUGAGUAAUAGUUAAUAUCUAUAGGGCAAAUAAAAUUAUGUAAUGUUAUAAAUAAUGUAGA